UUAUCGUAAUAGACGCAGUGGUGCAGUGCGGAGGGCUGCGUGAGCUUUGGUCAUGGCUUCCAACUCUGCAUCAACGGCUUCGGUGUCCGAAGAGGAGCUCACUCUGACAGUGAAGUGGAGUGGUAAGGAGUACACCGUCCGGGUCUGCGGUGACGACACCGUCGGCGAAUUGAAGCGCCGAAUCUGUGAGCUCACGAAUGUGUUGCCCAAUCGCCAGAAGCUUCUCUACCCUAAAGUCGGUUCUAAACUCGCCGAUGACUCUCUCUUGCUCUCGCAGCUUCCCCUCAAGUCUUCUCUUAAGAUGACCAUGAUCGGUACUACUGAAGAAGAUAUAAUUGUUGAUCCAGUGGAAUCGCCUGAGAUUGUGGACGAUUUUGAGCUUGGUCAAGAAGAAGUUGUAGACAUCAAAGACAUGGAAGUGAACAAGCAAAAAUUGAAGAGACGUGUAAGCCAAUACAAGAUUGAGCUCCGAAAUCCAUGUCGGAAAGGGAAGAAACUCCUUGUUCUGGAUAUUGAUUAUACCCUAUUCGAUCAUAGGUCAACAGCAGAGAACCCCCUUGAACUUAUGAGACCUUAUCUUCAUGAGUUUCUUACUUCAGUUUAUUCAGAAUAUGACAUUAUGAUAUGGUCUGCGACAAGCAUGAAGUGGAUUGACCUGAAAAUGGCACAACUUGGGGUUUUGGACAAUCCUAAUUAUAAAAUCACUGCACUUCUUGACCACAUGGCAAUGAUCACUGUCCAGUCAGCUUCUCGUGGGGUCUUUGAUUGCAAACCUCUCGGUUUGAUCUGGGCUCAUUUCCCCGAGUUCUACAAUGCUGCAAAUACCAUCAUGUUUGAUGAUCUUCGAAGAAAUUUUGUGAUGAACCCACAGAAUGGUUUGACUAUCAGGCCAUUCAGGAAGGCUCAUGCUAAUAGAGAUAGUGAUCGGGAGCUUUUGAAGCUUACCCAGUACUUGAUGGCCAUUGCAGAACUUGAUGACUUGAGCAAUCUUGAUCAUAAUAGUUGGGAAUUUUUCACAGAAGACAGCACUAAAAGACGUAGGCACACAUAAAUUUAUCCAUUGCAAGUAACCACAAAAAGAGAAGGGACAAAUGACUGAAAGGAAAGGAGCUCUUAUGGAAGAUAUGUUGUACUUUUGAGUUUAUUGAUUCUGCUGAUAUAAUUUCUGUUUGUUUUUUUGUUUAUUUUGGGCCAACUGCUUAUAUAACUUCAGCAUAGCAGUUUGUGAAACAAAAUUUACUACUCUCUCUUAUUCUAUUUAUGACGACUCCUCACGAUCCUUUAAAUCAAA